CAUAGCAACUGAGUAUAGAAUUGUAGUUAUGGCGUUUGUGGACCUCUCAGCCGUGAAUCGCUGUUCACUGCCAAAGGAGUCGUUUAGAGGUGCCAAUGAGACUUGUAGCCUGGCCAGGAGUACACUGAGUUGUGGCUCGUUUGUCUACCUUAUUAACUACUUAGAAAUAUUCUUCUGCGUGUUUAAGCUACCAACGAUAUCAAUUUAUGGAUUUAUAAGUGCUCUCCUACUGAUAGUGCACUUAAGCCUGCUUUUCAUGGUGACUAAAUAUUUUUUCGUGCCAAAUUUAGCGACGCUCAUUGAGUUUGCACCCAUGACAAUGUUUGGAUCUAGUUUUCUAUUGUUUGGGCCCACAUUUUUCGUGUCAUACUACAACAGUUUCUGGGAAAUAUGCGAUUCUCGAAAACUAAACCUGAGUCCGUUGCAGUUUGCCAAAAUUAUGGGCGACAUAAUGCGCUAUAUUUUGAUUGGAUUUAUGGUUAUUUGUAUGCAGGGAUAUCGAGUGGACGGAGUUACUUUUUGGUCCAGCAUGACUUUUAAUUUGACUGGAAUGAUCUACUUGUAUAUCGUAGUCAAAAAGUCAUACAAUGUUCCCCGUGUAGCUGCGGACUUAUAUUUGAUUAAGUUUCGGGUCACUGUGUUUUUGUACACUUUUUUGAUGGUUUUACUGGUGAUCUUUGUCGUGUCGCAUACAUCUUUUCAACGAAGCGUGGUGAAACGUAAACAAACUCAGGAAAACUUUGGGGAAAUGGACAGCGGUGAUGAGAUUCUGGGCAAAUACCAGAAGCAAAGAGCUUUUUCCAGGCGUGAAAUUUGGAUGAAGGCGGUGAACGGAUAUGCGAAUAUGGCUGAUUCAAAUGUGAUAUAUAAGAUUUCAAUGGUGCCGGCCUACUUUGUAUUAUCUAAUUUCAUCCCGGUUUUAUCCAAAGAUCGCAUUCUGAUUGGCUGGAACAAGUACACAAGCUGCCUGGGAUUGGUUAUCCUGCCAAUCAUGUGCAUGCCACAUGGCUUCAAAGCUGUCAGCUGGUUAAUGUUGCUCCUGACCUGCUGGACGCUUAGCAUCCUGACCUUUAUCUCCACUCAUUCUCUGAGGAGACCCGAUAAUAUUUGGAUUUUUGCACUGCUUGGAUUAAUCAUCAGCUCGGUGUCCAUCAACUUUCUAAGUCGAGAGAUGGAGAAUAUAAUAUAUCAAUACAUAAGUACGCAGUUCGACGUCAUGCCUGACAUGACGGCAUUGAUGUACUUCGGAGUGGGUGAGAUGUUCAGUGAAUCCAUUGUUGUGAGGUGCCUGCAGCAGAGGAAGAUGUGGGAUGCCACCUAUGGCGUUGUGCUGAGCUUGGUCACUUAUGCGAUCUUCUUGGCAUUUCCACUCCUCUUCUACCAAGGAUGCUACAACCCCAAAUGCAGUAUAAUUGUAACAUCUUCAACGGAAACGGCCAUUCAUUUUAUAUUUUUAAUCCUGACCACUAGUCUGCUUCACAUUUCCUUCAGUGGAUAUGAGUUUCGUAUAUCCUUGUUAUUCUAUCUCUUAAUGUUGGCUGUUUUUUAUGUGAUACUCCAGUGGAUGACUCACUACGAUUGGAUACUUUCCUUGGCUAAUCUUUAUAAAUCUAAAAACAAUGAUUAGUUAUAAUAUGUGGCAAUUGUUUGAUCAUUAAGUCUGCAGGUUAUGGCACAAAAAUGAUAGAUUACAAAAGCACUAACAUUUAGCUUUUAUAAACAAAAUCGCUACUACCAUUUUCGCGUUUAAUUAGCAUAUUUAACCGUAUCACCCAUAAAUAUCCACCUCCAUCUCGAUAUUUCUUAAGGAAGACAUCAAAAGUUAUUACCAAAUAAAUGAACUUAAGUUUCCCAA